AUGACUGUUCGCAACCACGGCCUCGCCUCUUCCCGGAGCAAGUCUCGCAAGGCUCACUUCUCUGCGCCCAGCAGUGAGCGCCGGGUCCGCAUGUCCGCGACGCUCUCCAAGGAGCUCAGAGAGAAGUUCAACGUCCGCUCUAUCCCCAUCCGUGUCGGAGAUGAAGUCGUCGUGAACCGCGGAGGACUCAAGGGCCGUGAGGGCCGUGUCAAGAGCGUCUACCGCCGUCGCUACGUCGUCCACAUUGACCGUGUCGUGCGCGAGAAGUCCAACGGCCAGAGCGUUCCCCUCGGUGUCGCCGCCUCCAACCUUGUCAUCACCAAGCUCCACCUCGACAAGGACCGCGAAGAGAUCCUUGCGCGCAUCGCUAAGGGACGUGAGGCUGCCAAGUCGGCUUAA